CUCGUACGGAAAAUUUGCCUUCUCAUAUGCCUUGGGUUUUAAAGAGGUACUACACAAGUGAUGGAAGGUUGAUACUUAGAGAAGAGAAGGUCAGGCAUCAUGAGUACUUUCGGGCUCACAGAUGCAAUGGACGCCUCACCUUGCAUCUUGUUCCUUUAGAUGAUGAAGUUUCGGCCCUUCCUUUUGUUUUUAAUCAUGAGAGACGCCAUGGCAUUGAGAAUGAUCUGGAGUGCAAUGAUAUUGAAGAAGAUGAGCAAGUACUCGAGCAAGAACACGAAGAAGAGCAGGAAGAAAAUGAAAGCCUGGUGGAAGAAAGUACAGAUGUGGAAGUAAAUGGCAAUGAUGGUGAAAAUGAUUAUUGUGUUAAGAAUGUUGAUAGUGAUGACACACUAGAGGAGAAGGAGGAAGUUGUGCAUGAUGAUAAAAGAGUUCCUUCUGUGGAUACUUCCGGUAGUGCAGGCAAAUGCUUGAACUACAGCAGUGUGAGAACAAGCUCCACUUGUAUAUUCGGGGUGCCUGUACCAGCAGUAAGGCCAGUUCAUAGUUAGACAUAAAAAGAAAAAAGAAAAAAGAAUUGAAUUCCAUUUUGAGUUUUGAUGGGUCUUUUUUUAUUGAUAGAUUAAGUUGUUACCUCUAAUGUCUUUUACGGAGAAUGAGAUGGAUGAUGUAUUCUUAUUCUUAUCAAUUUUCAGGUUCAUAAGAGAAGAGGUUUUUCAUUUUGAAGUUGAGUUUUGUAUUCCAGAGGUACUGAGUUUCAUGAUUC